GGCUGGGCAGCGGCGGGCGGGGAAGUCAGUUCGUCCGUCAGUCCGUCAGUCCGUCGAUCCGUCCGUCGGUCCGAGCGUGAGCGGGGCCGGGAGGAGGCGCGGGAGGCCGGGAGCGGGCCGAGGCGGGCUGUCUGUGGCCCCGGGCCGAGCCGAGAUUCAGGAGUGUUUCAGUGACUCGUGUGCAUCCAAGACUGUUUGAAUUGAACACCUAGUACCUGUGAUUCCAAACCUCAGCCUUUGGGACUUCUUCCUUGGCUUUUGAAGAAAUGUCUGUCACGUAUGAUGAUUCUGUUGGCGUAGAAGUUUCCAGUGAUAGCUUCUGGGAGAUCGGAAACUACAAGCGAACAGUCAAGAGGAUUGACGAUGGCCACCGACUCUGCAAUGACCUCAUGAAUUGUAUCCACGAGCGGGCGCGCAUUGAGAAGGCUUACGCACAGCAGCUCACCGAGUGGGCUAAGCGAUGGAAGCAGCUCGUGGAAAAGGGUCCACAGUAUGGGACUGUCGAAAAGGCCUGGAACGCCGUGAUGUCGGAAGCAGAGAAGGUGAGCGAGCUGCAUCUCGAAGUGAAGGGCUCCCUGAUGAAUGAGGAUUUUGAGAAGAUCAAAAAUUGGCAGAAGGAGGCGUUUCAUAAGCAGAUGAUGGGAGGAUUCAAGGAGACCCGAGAGGCGGAGGACGGAUUCAGGAAGGCCCAAAAGCCCUGGGCCAAGAAGCUCAAGGAGGUAGAGGCGUCCAAGAAAGCGUACCAUGCUGCCUGUAAGGAGGAGAAGCUGGCCAUGUCCCGGGAAAACAACAGCAAAGCAGAUCCUGCCCUCAACCCAGAGCAGCUCAAGAAACUCCAGGACAAAGUGGAAAAAUGCAAGCAAGACGUGCUGAAGACCAAGGAGAAAUAUGAGAAAUCCCUGAAGGAGCUGGACCAAGGGACCCCCCAGUACAUGGAGAACAUGGAGCAAGUGUUUGAACAGUGUCAGCAGUUUGAAGAAAAACGCCUGCGUUUCUUCCGGGAGGUGUUGCUGGAGGUUCAGAAGCAUCUCGACCUGUCUAACAUUCCCAGCUACAAGAGUAUCUACAGAGAGCUGGAGCAGAGCAUCCAAGCGGCGGACGCGGUGGAGGACCUGCGGUGGUUCCGCGCCAACCACGGCCCCGGGAUGUCCAUGAACUGGCCACAGUUUGAGGACGAAGAAUGGUCUGCGGAUCUGAACCGAACGCUGAGUAGGCGAGAAAAGAAGAAGGCCUCAGAUGGCGUGACCCUGACGGGCAUUAACCAGACGGGCGACCAGGCCCUGUCCAACAAGCACAGCAGUAACCUUAGUGUCCAGAGUGACACAAUACAAUCAGUGCAGUCCCAGUCAAGUUACAACCCCUUUGAAGAUGAAGACGACACAGAAAGUACUGUCAGUGAGAAGGAGGACGUUAAGCGGAAAAACGUCAGCAGCUACGAGAAAACUCAGAGUUACCCGGCCGAAUGGUCUGACGAGGAGGCCAAUAAUCCCUUCUCCUCCACCGAUGCGAACGGGGACUCCAACCCCUUUGAUGAAGACGCCAGCUCUGCGACCGAGGUGCGGGUGAGAGCCCUCUACGACUAUGAAGGCCAGGAACACGAUGAGCUCAGUUUUAAGGCCGGAGACGAGCUGACCAAAAUCGAGGAUGAAGACGAACAAGGCUGGUGCAAAGGACGCUUGGACAACGGGCAGGUCGGCUUGUACCCAGCGAAUUACGUAGAGGCGAUCCAGUGACCCGGGAGGAGCCGCCCCAGACGUGCUGCUUUCACUGUGGGCCCUGGACAGAUGUGCGUGGGCACCAGUGCCGACAGUCGUGCACCUGGUGCAGAGAACGUACCUAUUUCUUUUCAUGUUUGUGCACAGGAUGAUGGUUCUGUAGCUUUGGGCUGCAGGGGUCUGUCUGCCCUUGGAGACAGACGGGUCGGUCACGUCACUGGGGGUCGUGAGCCCCUCUUUCUAAUGCAGAUCUUCAGGUCUGAGUGUGAAAGGCAAUACAACCGAGAAAUACCCAGAGUCCUUUUCUCCCUGGCUAGCUUUCUUAUCAUGAAUCUGAAUAACCUUUCCCACGUCCUUCUCUCCUUUCUUCCUCCAAUGAAAUGGUGGGUUCAGCUGAUUAUAUAUAUUUUUUGUUUUAACUGAUUAUUUUCCUGUGUCAUCCGCUUCUCAAAUUAAAAACUUACAGUUCAUUUUCUUAGUGAUAUUUUUGAGAUUUGUUUUAUUUCAAGGCUCUGUACAGUUAGACUUUUUUUUAUAUACCUGUUUAUUUUCCCAUUGGCUUCUACUUAAAUUAUGACACCGUUCUCUGCACGCUGCUCUCAAGUCGCUUAGGGCUCUGUGUCCACGCGUAUUGUGCCUCUGUAGAGCAGGAGCAAGGUAGGGUAGGUGACGUGGGCUGUAGUAGAUCACGGGAAGAUUGGAAAAUACGUUGCCUCUCUUAUCGUGAAUGCUCUUGAUGCGUUUUUGGCAUUUAGAUGUGAGUUUCUAAAGUAGUCUUUAAGUAGCACUCCAAAUUCAGAAUAUUUCAAAGCUAUUUCCUCUAUAAAAUCGUUUCAGACUCCACUCUUUGCAAGCUGAUCAACAGUUUUAUCAGUGAUUCAUUCGGAAGGUUAACUUUUCCAGGAAAUGCAACUGUAAAAUUAAUUAAGAAGCUUUUAAUUAGCCUGUCAUGUCUCGGUGUAUAUGUGUAUAUAUAAUUUGAUAUUCAGAAAAAUCUAAAAAGCAUGUCUACUGUUUUAAAAUUAGCCGAAAGACUUUUAACUGUGGAUCUGAUUUUUUGAGACUGCUUGACAGCUGUUAAAUUAAGGCAUAUUUAAAUCUGCUUGGUGGAUCCCUAAGAGUUCCGCCCUACUGUAGUAGAUCAUGCUUCCAGAAGGAAGGAUCAUUGGAGUCUGUGAUGGCAGUCUUUUAUUUUGGAAUCAGUUGGGGCUUCAGCUGUAGAUUAAGCAGCAGGCCCUCUGGGGGUUCUCGUAGCAGAACACUGUGUUAAAAAAAAAAAAAAAAAAACAAAAAAAAAAACUUGCUCCGCCUUGUAAACGGUUACAGAGUACACUUGUACGUGACGUACCAAAAUUGUCUGUCUGUGAUCAGCGGAAAACUGGGUUUUCCCUGUAGCCGAGGAGUCUGUCAUUGCCAGGUAAGUUGACGUGUUCCUGUACAGGAAGCCGCACUGGCGUUAUUUGGGGGGGAGGGAUUUGGAGGGGGGGAGAAAGUCUUUAUUUUGUGUAACUAAAAUAUUGUAGUCCUCGCUUAGCUAUGCUCUUUGCUUUAGGAGAUCACAGGUUCUAUAUUCACGGAACAUUUCCCAUGAGUCUCGAUAAUUUGCUAGGAAUGGAUGUAUCUGUCAUGAAAACUUACCAUCAUAAUUAUUCAUCCACAAGCUAAAGAGUUGCCAAAAAAUUGUCAAAAGCUCAGUUUUGAAGUCUCUUUGAAAUGCAUAUUUUAGAAAACAAAUAAACUAUUAAUCUCA